AGAACCUCGUCACAAUACAACCGGAACCUACAGAAACAGCACUCACGCAAGCCAACCCAAGCGGAGAUCCACACCAUCAAUACCGACCCAACUUACAACAUGAACGGUCUUUGGCAACCAACUCCGAAUCCAAGCGGUGGCCCUGGAGCAACUGCACCUACCUCGGAUCUCGUCCUCAACCAGGAGGAAAUCCUCGGCCGCUGGAACCAGAUCUCAGAUCACGCACAGAUGAAAAACAUCCUAAACGUCCUCAGCAAGCGCGUCACCGUCACCGCUCUCCUAGCCUCCUCCCCUCCCGAUUAUCGUCGCCGCGUCCCCGUCACCAAAAUUCUGUGCAUCGGUCCCGGUAGCUUAGCACGCGCAACGAAGCAGCGCGGCGGCGUUGCCGAAGGACCACUCUGCCGCCUCAAGACGCUGGCGGAGGUCUACAAAGAUGCGGGUCAGAGAGCUCUGGGUCCCCUUCCUCAUCCUCCCUCUGUGUCCCUGCCGCGACCGGUCACUGUCGUCCAGACGGAUUACAAAGCAUAUGUCAACACUCUCUCCGCUAUCCGCUUUGCCAAGGCCAUCGAGGAAGCGUAUAUAUCCGUGGGAGACUACCGUUCGAAAAUCGAAGUCGUCCUGUGCGAUUCCGCGUACACCGAAGCGGACUCACAGUUCUUCGAUUCUUUGCAGAAGACUACUGGUGUGAACGUGCGCAUCAGUCAAGAGGUUCCUAUCGACGAGGAAUUUGAUGAGAACACCCUUCUGAUUUCCUUCGCCGAUGUUGCAGAGAAGUCAUCCGUCGAUGCGUCGGUUAUUCUCGCUCCUGGUGCUAAGGAGAGUCGGAAGUGGCCUGGGAUUGAAUCAACUGGGGACUUGUGGGAAGAGGGAAAUGGGAUGGGGAGGGAGAUGGGGUAUUUGAAUACUCGGUUUUUGGGGUGCAUGAGUGAUGUGCAGGGUCUUCAUAUUUUUUUGCGGUGGGAUAGCGUCUCUAACAAUUAG